GAGCCGGCAAGACUGAAAGCAAGCAAGGUGGGGGUGGAGAACUGGGGCCGCUUUUUUGUAGAGAGAAAGUGAAAAGGAAGAAAAGGGGUGGGGGCCACGGGGACCAAGUGUAACCGGUGCCUGCCUGCUUCUCUUUGAUUUGAUGGCCUUUAUUCCUCCUAAUUGGAUAAAAUAGGAAGUCACUGGCAGUCCUGCAUUGCUGGGUAUACUGAUUUUACUCAGACCAGCCAGCAGCUCUGGAGUGCGGACAGAGGGAGGAGGGAGGAAAGAGAGAGAGAGGAAGAGAGAGAGGGAGGGAGAGGAAAGGAGAGAGAGAACGUCUUUGGAUGAGGAGGGGAAAGGAAGAGAAAGAGACUAUGAAGCAGGGCAGCGCCGCAGAGGAAGAAAGUGAAUGAGCGCUCAAGAAGGACAAAGAGGAGUGGUUGGGGGGUGGGGGUGGAGGCAGGGCGGGGAGGGGAGUCACCGCCCCUCCGGGGCCGCACUCUUCCCCUCGGAUCCCUCUGUGAUGAUCCUGUUUGCGGUGAUGCUCCGAGGGCAGGCACCUGCUGCUCUGUAAUGAUUCAGCCUGCUUCAGCCGUCGCGUUCACACAGCAGGAUGCUGUUGCUACUGUCACUGCUGCCUCUCCUGCCGCCGCCGCUGCUGCCGCCGCCGCCGCUGGUCCUGCUUUUGCUUUUACUUCUCCUGCAUGACAGUUGUUUCCUCCAUCUAAGCAGACACCAGCUUCAGAUGCUCGAGGUGAGAAACAUGCCUUUCAGUUUGGGCUACUGGUUUACCUAAUUGACCCACCGCCGGCUCUGUUUCUGUUUUGGCCCCCAGCCCUCUCUCUCGACCAGCCGGGAUGGUUUGGAGAAGCAUUUGAAAGAACUACCAAAGUGGCCCAGGGACAGCAGUCACGAAUUACAGUCGACUUUUAUUUGGUAGUUGCUAGAGGGUUUUUUUUGUUUUUUUGUUUUUUUGUUUUUUUUUUUCUCCUCCUUCCUUCCUCCUGAACUCCUCUUGCUUUUGAUAAUGGCCUUGGACUUGGAAGACUUAUCGAUUUCCCCCUGUAAGAUGCUGUAUCAUUUGGUUGGGGGGGGCUCUGCAUGGUAAUGGACCAUGAGAGAGGCCAGGCCUUCUGGAGGUGAGCCGAUGGAGAUUUAUUCCCCAGACAUGUCCGAGGGAGCUGCCGAGAGGUCCUCCAGCCCCUCCACUCAGCUGAGUGCAGACCCAUCUCUUGACGGGCUUCCGGCAGCCGAAGACAUGCCAGAGACCCAGACCGACGAUGGGAGAAGCCCUGGACUCGUGGGCCUGGCAGUUCCCUGCUGUGUCUGCCUGGAAGCCGAGCGCCUGAGAGGUUGUCUCAACUCUGAGAAAAUCUGCAUUGUCCCCAUUCUGGCUUGUCUAGUCAGCCUCUGCCUCUGCAUCGCCGGUCUCAAGUGGGUGUUCGUGGACAAGAUAUUCGAGUAUGACUCUCCUACUCACCUUGACCCUGGGGGGUUAGGCCAGGACCCUAUUAUUUCUCUGGAUCCAACUGCUGCGUCAGCCGUGUGGGUAGCAUCUGAGGCGUACACUUCACCUGUCUCUAGGGCUCCAUCUGAAACUGAGGUUCAAGUUACACUGCAAGUUGACAAUGCUGCUGUGUCCUCCCAACACGCAGCGGUCCCCACCCCGAAGAAUCGAAUCUUUGCUGUUUCUUUCCUGCCAUCCACUGCACCGUCCUUCCCUUUCCCCACACGGAACCCUGAGGUGAGAACACCCAAGUCAGCAACUCAGCCACAAACAACAGAAACUAAUCUCCAAACUGCUCCUAAACUUUCUACGUCAACAUCUACAACUGGGACAAGCCAUCUUGUAAAGUGUGCAGAGAAGGAGAAAACUUUCUGUGUGAAUGGAGGCGAGUGCUUCAUGGUGAAAGACCUUUCAAACCCCUCAAGAUACUUGUGCAAGUGCCAACCUGGAUUCACUGGAGCAAGAUGUACUGAGAAUGUGCCCAUGAAAGUCCAAAACCAAGAAAAAGCGGAGGAGCUCUACCAGAAGAGAGUGCUGACCAUCACCGGCAUCUGCAUCGCCUUGCUUGUGGUUGGCAUCAUGUGUGUGGUGGCCUACUGCAAAACCAAGAAACAACGGAAAAAGCUUCAUGACCGUCUUCGGCAGAGUCUGCGGUCUGAACGCAACAACAUGGUGAACAUAGCCAACGGGCCUCACCACCCCAACCCGCCCCCCGAGAACGUCCAGCUGGUGAAUGAAUCUUCAAGUUGUGUCUCUUUGUUUAUCCAGCAAUACGUAUCUAAAAAUGUCAUCUCUAGUGAGCAUAUUGUUGAGAGAGAAGCGGAGACAUCGUUUUCCACCAGUCACUACACCUCAACAGCUCACCACUCCACCACCGUUACCCAGACUCCCAGCCACAGCUGGAGCAAUGGGCACACUGAAAGCAUCCUUUCAGAAAGUCACUCGGUAAUCAUGAUGUCAUCAGUAGAAAACAGCAGACACACCAGCCCGACCGGGGGCCCACGAGGACGACUUAAUGGCUUGGGAGGCCCUCGCGAAUGUAACAGCUUCCUCAGGCAUGCUAGAGAAACCCCUGACUCCUACCGAGACUCUCCUCAUAGUGAAAGGUAUGUGUCAGCAAUGACCACCCCGGCUCGUAUGUCACCUGUAGAUUUCCACACGCCAAGCUCCCCCAAAUCGCCCCCUUCAGAAAUGUCUCCACCUGUGUCCAGCACGACGGUAUCCAUGCCCGUCAUGGCAGUCAGCCCCUUCGUGGAAGAAGAGAGACCUCUGCUUCUGGUGACACCACCAAGGCUGCGGGAGAAGUAUGACCAUCACCCUCAGCAGUUCAACUCCUUCCACCACAACCCCGCCCAUGAGAGCAACAGCCUGCCCCCUAGCCCCUUGAGGAUAGUGGAGGAUGAGGAGUACGAAACCACCCAGGAGUACGAGCCAGCUCAAGAACCUGUUAAGAAACUCACCAGUAGCCGGCGGGCCAAAAGAACCAAGCCCAAUGGCCACAUCGCCAACAGGUUGGAAAUGGACAGCAACGCAAGCGCUGAGGGCACUAACUCAGAGAGUGAAACAGAAGAUGAGAGGGUAGGGGAGGAUACACCCUUCCUGGGCAUUCAGAACCCCCUGGCAGCCAGUCUUGAAGCACCUGCCUUCCGCCUGGCGGACAGCAGGACUAACCCAGCAGCUCGCUUCUCGACGCAGGAGGAAUUGCAGGCCAGGCUGUCUAGUGUAAUCGCUAACCAAGACCCUAUCGCUGUAUAAAACCGAAAUAAACACAUAGAUUCACCUGUAAAACUUUAUUUUAUAUAAUAAAGUAUUCCACCUUAAAUUAAACAAUUUAUUUUAUUUUAGCAGUUCUGCAAAUAGAAAACAGGAAAAAAAAACUUUUAUAAAUUAAAUAUAUGUAUGUAAAAAUGUGUUAUGUGCCAUAUGUAGCAAUUUUUUACAGUAUUUCAAAACGAGAAAGAUAUCAAUGGUGCCUUUAUGUUCUGUUAUGUUGAGAGCAAGUUUUGUACAGUUACUGUGAUUGCUUUUCCACAGUAUUUCAGCAAAACCUCCCAUAUAUUCAGUUUUUGCUGGCUUCUCGUGCAUUGCAUUCUGAUGUUGACGGGAUGUAUGAUUUGCAAGACUUGCAACUGUCCCUCCGUUUGCUUCUAGUAGCGCCCGAUCAGUACGUCUUGUAAUGGCACAUCCAUCGAAAUACUCUUCUUUUUUGUACGAAGUUUUCUUUUGCUUUCAGUAUAUGAAAUGAGUUGUGUCUCCUCUGCCAGCCAAAGGUUCGCUUCACUGGGCUCUGAGAUAAUAGUAGAUCCAACAGCAUGCUACUAUUAAUUACAGCAGGAAACUGCAUUAAGUAAUGUUAAAUAUUAGGAAGAAAGUAAUAUUGUGAUUUUAAAAAAAAACUAUAUUCUUAAUCAGAAGACAGCUCGCUCUCGCGAAAAUGAGCUACCAUUUGCUUUAUUUGGGUUUAUUUUUCUUGACAAAGAGCAACAGUUUGGGGGACUAGCAUAGAAAAUGGAUUCUGGCUUGCUUUUCGGGGUAAACCCAUUACCUUAGCAGAGGACUCCACCUCAGUUUCUGGGGGAAUGACACAGCAGGUCAUCUAGUUGAAAAUCAAACCGUGGCAAAGAAAGGUGCAAUCGUUCCUGACUUGGGUUUCUCGCUGACUCGGGAGCUGGCCAUUGGUUGUGUCGUAUCAGCUCAUGAACAGAUGUGUUAUGGCACAAAAUGACCAUGAAAUGACGGCACACUCAGCAUUUUGUGUGAAAUACUUCUGCCGUGAAAUACGCCUGCCAUAUGCGGUGAUGACUAGUCAUCCUAGGGAAAUAGGUCUGUUGUAGAGUGUCUAGAAGGAGUGAGUGUGUCUAGAAGGCACAGGUGUGACUUGGGUGCGGUCUUAAAUAGUUGUGCUGCCCACGCCUUUCUCCUCAUGAUUUUCCUCUUGUUUUUUCAAUGUUGCCUCAAUCAGGUCAUAACUAUGCAUGAACAUUUUUGUCAGGAAUGGCCAACGUGCAUGUGAUUUGUGAUUGGCAAGAGCCUUCCAUGAGUGAUGAUUCGUCAGGGAAUGUGGACAGUGUUGGAAAAUUGCACCUUUCCUUGCAGAAGUGACCCCCACCUGUGUCCUGGCCUCUCCAUCUGCAGCCUGUAUUAUCCAUUCCCCACCCCUUCUUUUGCUUUACUGUUACAGAACAGGAUGAAGAUGGGUCUGAGCUUCGCCUGUUCUCUCUGAUUGUAAGUCCAAGGAAAGCCCAUAGGCAUUAACGUUUGGAAUAAAUGCUAAUUCAGGAAAAUAAGGGGAUUUUU